CCCAUGUUACGUUGGGCACGUGAGUUUUGAAGAGAGACACUUGUCGGGAUCGACAUCCUAUUCGAUGUUAAUGUCCAUUAAUAACCGGCUCUAGCUUUCUUUUCUUGACACCACCAUCACCUUCCCGUCUUUCCCAACAUGGACUGGCAUGAUUCCGACCCCUCUGACGACGAAGUCAACCACGACUCCCAGGCAGCCUCCAGAAAGAGGAGCAGUAGAGCCUGCGACCAGUGCAGAAAGACAAAGAGUAAAUGUGAAAGAGGUGCUGCAGACUCUACUCAGUGUAAAAGCUGCGCGCAGGCAGGAACAGCUUGUACAUUUCUUGGCCCGAGCUAUAAGCGGGGACCGCCGAAGGGGUAUAUCCAUGCCAUUGAGCAGCGAUGGCACCAAGUCGAGUCCCUCUUAGGCGCGCUCAUGCAAUGCAACGACCCUCGUGUGCAGAGCAUCGUUACCGAUUUGCGCCAAGAUGACCUCGCUCGGGAAAUUCUAGGAAGGGUUGAUUCAGGUCCUUAUGGUCCUUCCGGUCGUCGAAAUCAACGCUCAGGUGCAACCAAAGAGGACUUUUUUGCGUCUGUCCUGAGAAGUAACGAGACGUCUCCUGCGCGGGAUCCUUCAAGGUCGCGAAGACAAUCUAGGGUAUCGAGAGAAAAAGUCUCCUCAGCUCAAGAUAGAGGACUUUCUGUAGUCCCCACCCAAGAAUGGCAGGAUAACCUUGCCGCCCGGCUAGCUUCUGGGUUGGCAUCCUCGUCGGCAUCUACGCCAUCUAUUUAUGGAGCGCCCUCUGGUUCCUCCAGUUCUAUUGAUGGCACGGAGCCGGCCACCCAGAGGCGUCGACUGAAUGUUGCCUCUACUGAGUCUCGUGUUGCGAAUCCCGAUUGGAGUCGGAUGUACACUAUGGAACCGUUAUCCGAAAGCGAAGACCGUGAAUCAUUGAAAGACGCCACGGAACAUAUGGGCCAAUUAUCUUUGGACGAAAACCAAGAGCUUCGAUAUCAUGGCAAAGCGAGCGGUCUUCAUCUUCUUAGCAGGAACUCGCGGACCGAUGAUCGAAACGACGGAGGCGUAUGGAAAUUGCCUAUGGCAAGGGUCUGGCCACCGUCUAAGGAUCAUAUACUACACCUCAUUCAAGAAGAAGAUAUCGAAGUGCAGCUGCCUCCUUCGCACAUCCAAGAUCGGCUCAUCGAACUGUACUUCGUGUACAUUCAUCCCGUGUUUCCCCUUAUACAUAAAGGUCGCUUUUUACGGGAGUAUCGUGCCUUGAGACAAGGGUAUGCAAGAUGGACGCAAUUGCACGAAAACAGUGACUGGUUUCUGACUUACUCUAACAGCGAAUCGUUGCAACAAGAUAGUCCGAAGCCGUCAGAGACUGGAUCAUCGCCAAAACCAGAAGCUACUCAGAAACUGUCCGCGUUGCUUCUUCUAUCCAUGUUCGCUAUCACUGCUCGAUUUUCUGAUCAAGACAUGCCCCUCCCUACGAACGGAAAGAUGUGGGAAGCUGGCCGUAAUUAUCAGGAAUCGGCCAAGAACAUACUCACCAAAAUCUUCCACCGGUCACGACCUACUACCGUUCAGGCUCUUCUUCUAUUGGGAUAUCGUGAGUUUGGCAUCGGCAGUAUGGAGCAAGGAUGGAUAUAUAUUGGCAUGGCCAUACGCAUGGCGAUUGAUUUGGGACUAAAUCGUAACUCCGAUCAUUGGAAAAUUCACGGCGAAGACAUGUUCUCGCCCGAAGAGACCCAGACUCGACGACAGAUCUGGUGGGUAUGUACACUUGCGGACAGGUAUGGUUCAAUAUACAUGGGGCGUCCAAUUAUUAUCAGAGAUGAUGACUUUGAUACUCCCUUACCGGAGGUGAACCAAGCUGAUGAGCAACAACCUUGGCGACCGCUACCAUCAGAUUCGACAAGUGCUGCCUAUCCCCCCACUCCCAAUGCGGUGAUGUACUGUUUCCGCGCCACCGCCACCCUCUGCGUUAUUUUAGGUGCCAUAAUAUCCAAAAUCUAUCCUGUACGCGCCACACCAGGGGUCUCUCGUCGUGCCUUGUUGUCUAGCUUUGAGUCCCAGCUGGAUCAAUGGUACAUCAGUUUACCUGAACAUCUGCGAUACGAUACUGCCAAUCGGCGUAAAGUCCCGCCGCCGCACAUUCUUUUCUUGCACAUCAGGUAUUGGGGGUCCGUCCUGUUACUCAACCGAGCGUUCAUUCCUAACUGGAAAGGCGGAGAAUUCACUUCCCGACAUUCCACAUUGGAGUUGAAGGCAUUUGACCUAGCGCAAGGCGCCGCUAGCCAUAUUGGUUCCAUCGUCACGGUAUACCGGGAAACGUUUACACUCAAACGCUGUUCCCCGUUCCUUACAUCGUACAUAUUCAGCGCUGGCAUCAUGCAUGUUUUGACAUUAACUCUACGGCCGUCGAAUGUCCAGGCAUCUCUGGGCUUGCGUCAAUGUAUGGCAGCACUGAAGGACAUGGAGGUGGUUUGGCCCAGUGCCUCACGCGCAUGGGAUCUACUAAAUGGGGUACAGCUGACCUUCGACAAUGCUCAGACAUCGGAGGACUCAAACUCUCCUGGGCGACAUAAGCGACAAGCAGACAUCGCGUUCGCUCAGGAAAAGUCGUCUGACUAUUUGCAACGAGAGGCGUUUGGAGAUCUCAAUGGACCCCCGCAGCAAGAGCAGGCAGAAACAGGGGUGCAAGACCUGAGCACGCGGAUCAUGGCACACAUGCUAGGCCUGGAUAUACCGGGAAUCGAACCCUCCACAUCGUUUUAUCCGGGCUAUGAAUGGUGGCCCCGGAACGGGCAGAGUCAGGGCUCGCAGCCCAUGUCUCCUGUAGUAGCGCAAGGGCCCACAGUGGAUGCGAAUCCCGUGGUUCCGCCGCUGAAUGAGUUAGACUUUGGAGGAGGAGACUCGCGACAGGGCGAUGAGUGGCUGCAAAGUAAUGUAGGGGCAGGGGGGCUCCCGUAUCCAUAUAAUUUUAAUCAGUAUGGUCUAUAGACCCCUAGACGCGCUGUAAUAUACAGUAGCUGCUUGUUGUGAGUUGUGUUGUCCUAUGUAUUUUCUUGUCACAUUGUAUUUCUACGAGAAUAGGCGGUGUGACUCAGCCGAAGACGAAUCUGAUCGGAGAGAUCGAGAUCUAUG